GUAUUUUAUUAUUAUUAUUAUAUAGUAAAGCAUGCACUCAGUCCUAUUAGGCUCCCCCGCUCGCUGCAACGGCCAGAAUACCACCCACCGUCAUGCCAACCGUCGCUUAAAACUGCUCUUCUCCUUUCUCCUCCUCUUCCUAUAUUCCUUGCUGCCUUUUUCUUCCUCUGGCUCCCUUCCGUGCUCCUGUAUCCCCUCCCCGGUGCCCUCGAAUGCUCUCGAAUGCUGUCCAUGCACGACUCACGCUCCGCCUUCAUCUUCGCUCCCGGCUGGGAUCCCCGUCUGCGCCAUGGCUCGCCCCGCCCCAUAUCCCUGACGGGCCUCCCCGCCCUGCCCGUCGUCGACGAGGACCAUGUCUCUUCGACCGUUGCUGGCGACGAUGCUGCCGUCUCUGAUGCAUCGCCCGAGUCGUGGGAUGCCGACGAUGUCCCGGCAGAGUUUUCCCCGGUCGCAGCCGUCGCCACCGCCCCAUCCUCCUCCUCGUCGACCACCGCCAAAUCCUUCCACUUUGCCGUCCUCACCUCCGACUCCUCUGCCGAUGUAACGCCAAAGAUCGAAGAGCUGGACGACUCCGACAGUCUACAGGCCAUCAAACCCGCCACCCCCUCGACCGACUCCACCGCGGACCCGCCCGUCCACAUUCCACGGAAACGCGGCCGACCGCGCAAGAAUCCGCUGCCGCUGCCCGGAACCCAGGUCAAAAUCACCAAGGGCCGUUCCAAGACCGGCUGCAUCACCUGUCGACGCAGAAAGAAGAAGUGCGACGAGACGAAGCCGUCCUGCUUGAACUGCCAGAAGAAUGCCGUCGUCUGUGAGGGCUACCCGCCGAAAGAGGUGUGGAAGAGUGGCCGGCAAAAGAUGGAAGAAGCCGCUCGCAAUUUCUGCACUGCUCUCGUACCUCGCGCCUUGCCCAUCCUGAUCGAUGGCAUCGAGACAGACAUCGAUCGGCGUUUUCUCGAUCAUUUCGUCUUCGGUCUCAGUCGUGUUCUCACCCUGAUCAACGAUGACUCCAACCCGUUCAAGGAGAUUCUCCUGCCCAUGGCCACCCAACAUCGUGGCUUGAUGCACUCCCUCAUGUGUCUUUCCGGAUCGCACCUGUCGGGCCUGGAUCCCGAACCUCGGGUGAAGGAACGGAGGUUCUACCACUUCCAUCGCGCCAUCCGGGAUCUGCAGGAGAGCAUCGACAACGCAUCCAAGGGUCCCGAGUACGAACCGCAGCUGCUGGUCGAGGACCCGAUCAUCGCGUCGACCAUCGCCCUGAGCCUGAACACCAUCUGCGAAGGGGAGACGAAUGGCGAGUACCGCCCGCACAUGGACGCCGCACGAUACCUGCUGGUCACGCAACGCCCUCGGAACGAAAAGUUCCGGCAGUUCAUCGUCGAGUUCUUCCAGUACCACGACGUCUCCAACUCCAUCACCUCGCUCGAUCGACGGCCGGCCCUCAUGCAGGGCGACAUCCGACUGCCGGAUUUCGUGCCGCAGCCGCAAGCGGGCAUGUUCCUCGGGGUGUUUGACGGCCUCUUCAACUACAUCUCGCAGGUGACGCGCAUCCGCGACCGGAUCCGACAGCGCGUCAACGACGGAUGCGAGCCGGCCGUCGACUACCAAACGCUGAGCGAGGCGGUCUUCAUCGACUCCGCCAUCCGCUCCUGGCAGACCUCGCAUACGCCGCAGACGCCCAACUGGUACCUGGCGCAGCUGUAUCGACAGUCGACCUGGGUCUAUCUCUUCCGCACGAUCCGUCCGUCACGGCCCAGCGAGAAGAUCAUCCAGGUCGUCAACGACGGACUCGCCUACCUCGACCAGUUGCCGCAGGACGCAGGUGCGUACAGCAUCGUGCUGAUGCCGCUGUUCCUGCUGGGAUGCUCGGCAUUCCAGCCGGAGCAGCGCGAGCGGAUCAAGAUCUUCUUCGACCGCCUCAAGGAGUAUUCGAACCUGCGCAACAUCGAGCCCGCGUACAAGGUGGUGCAGCGGGUCUGGGAGGUGAUGGACACCAAGGUGGAGGACAGCUGGGACUGGGAGAAGAUCAUCAGCGACAUGGACAUGGACUUUUUGAUUACGUGAUUUUCUUUUUCUGAUUGCAUUGAAGGCCUUGCACUGCAUUUCUUUGUUUGACUCUUAACCAUCUUUAUUCAGCCACUGUAUGUAUGCAUGUAUGUCAUCAUCGGCGUUCUUUAUGCAUGAAUCGGCCACGGACUGGACCGGAAUCGGGAAAAAGGAGGAUCAUGCUGAUUUCAGUUAUUCAGUUGAUAGGAGUACUGUACAUAUGCCAUAUGUCCGUUUAUUAUCUUGACUGGUUUGCUACUCUAGCCUGUUAAUAACCACGUAACCAGAAACAAAGCCUUCUUUGAUUGUAUUCCGGGUUAGUUAUCUCGCCCGCGAUGUAUGGACAUG